AUGCUGUGUUACAGCUGUGACAGUCCAGGGAUAUUUUCUUACAAAACAUCGUACGAGGCGGAAUCUGCCUUUAAAGCUGCUGACUUAGUUCGUAAAUCUAGGCAUCCAUCACAACCGCCAUUGAGACCUAUUUUCACGAAGCUUUUAGGAAUUCCAGCUAACAAGCUGCAACACCUUAGAGACUUGAUGCCUUACGUAGACCAAAGCAGCCGUCCAUAUUAUGAACAGUUUGUCAAUUCUCUAACUACAUCAUCAACUGCUGUUGAUACUUUGAGUGAUGUUAGUCGUGAUGAAGAUGAAACCUAA